GGUGGAAGACUGGCCACUGGUUGAAGGACCAAGAGGAGCAAGACUAAUUUGCAGUAGCAAAGGAAGGUUGGGUGAAGCCUCCCAGAGUGAGGAAAUUGUGGCAGAGAGAGAGGAGGUUUUAAAUGGCUUAUCCAUAGCUGGAGAUUUUAAAUGGCUUAUCCACACUUUUUUCAGCCAGGAGGGAGAGGCAGUUGGCCUGGGGCAGGGUGUUGGGCUGCGGGGUCUCCUGGGAUCCUUUUUCCACCAUCUCCUUGGUGCUGUGGUCACUAUGGAGGUGCCUGCAGCCUUCUCCCCCUGCACACACUGGUGUGGGAACGGUGCUGGUCUUGCUGAGACCCACUUCCACCCCUCUGCUCUCCCAUUGCCACAGCUCAGUGCUUUAAAAAUUGCCAAGAGCUUUAGAAAGGAGGGUGCCAGGGGAAAUCGGGGCUGGCUUGCAUUUGGGUGAGGUUAUUCUCCCUGGGGUGGGCAGCAGCUUGCCAGUGCUGGCUUCCCUGAGUAGCACUCCUGCUUGCUCCCCACUGCAGCUGCCAGCAUUCCCCUGAGCUUCUCUCUGCACCCUCAUCUGCUGAAACUGCUUUGGAGAGAUUUUUCCGGGGUUGGGACAGGCAGGUGCUCUUGCUGGCAGACAGCGGCACGCUGCCGCGGCAGCCAGAAGCAGCUUGGCUCCUUCCAGAGGAAGGAAGGCAGCCGGGAGCUGGGGGGCCGGAGGCUGCUCGCCACGGUCCCCAGCUGCAGGGAUGCCGGGUUGCUAGGAGGCAGGUGAAGGUGAAGAGGAGAGCGCUGCAGAGGACCACAGGCCCAGAUCCGCAUGUCAGACCAGAACAGCACCAACGAUGGGGAGUCAGACCCCCAGCACAGCCUGUCUAUGGUCUUUCUCCUUGUCCUUGUCUUCUUCAUCAUGGGGCUGGUGGGUUUCCUGAUCUGCCAUGUCCUGAAGAAGAAGGGUUACCGGUGCCGGACUUUUCGGGAUGAGCUCGACCCAGAUAACAAAGAUGUGCUGGCGGAGCUCCAGGCCAAUGAAGAGGAGGAGCUGAACGAGGACACUGUGGAGAAGAUUGUGAGAUGCAUCAUCCAAAAUGAAGCAAAUGCAGAGGCCCUCAAGGAGAUGCUGGGGGACAAUGAAGGGGACAUCCCAGUGCCAGUGCCCAGCCUUUGUCCUCAUCGUAACAGCCAGGACGGGGGCCCACCACAUCACCACACAGUGCAUCUGGGCUCCACACAGGCCCCCUGCAUCCACUGCAGCAAGAGAAAGAGGCACCCACUGCAUCGGCAAGGACGGUCCAAGGAUGGCAAAGGCAGGAUGCAUCCUGGAGAGACCACCGUCUUCUCAGUGGGCAGGUUUCGUGUCACACACAUUGGGAAGAAACCCACUUUCCAUGAGCAACAGGACAGUCCCCUGCCUGAUGGCAGCAGGGAGCCAAGCAUGGAGGAGCUGGAGCACAGCAGCGACAGGCUCCAGCAGGAGCGGGCUCGCAAUGGGACUGUCCCUGCAAGUGGCCUGCAGAACGGAGAUGUCCAGAAGGGUGCCCAAAGCAGCAAGGGUGGGGAGCAGAGCCACUCCACCACCCCAGUCCUGAACACACCAGCCAGCUCCGGCACUCGCAACAGCAGGCGGGCGGGGAAGGGGUCUGGCGUGGCAGGCUCACUGCAGGAUGCUGGCACUGCUCCUGGGAGUGCAAGCCGCCAGAGGAAGCUCCUGAGCCAUCAGGUGCUGGGAGGGUCAAGUCCUAGCAUCCCAAGAGAGCUGGUACAGGAAGAAGCCAGCAUCUGCCUGGAGGAGACUGGACUGGGGUCAGCAGAUGAAGUGUCUGAUAUUCACGGGAGCCUGAGUCUGCAUGAACAGGCUGAUGAGUUGGGAAGAGAUGACAGCAGCAGAAAACAGCCUGGAGUGGAGGACAUGGGGCAGCAGGAGCCCAGCAUCACAGUGCAGGACCGAGGAGCAACCGUGUGACCUCUCUCCGCUCCUGGCUGGAGCAUGGAUGGGAGGCUCGUGGACCCCAGGCCCCAUGCUGGACUGGGGGCUCUACUGUGGGGGGACCACAGGGCAGCCAGCCCCGGGCAAGCAGCUACGUGCUUGGCAUGGCCAGAGCGACGCGCCGACGUUACAGACAACCACACUCGGCGCCAGACCUCAUCCCAUUGGCAAUAGGUACCAGACUCCCACCCACCACACCUGCCCCAGAGACCCUCCUGGGAGACAUUCGGGCCUGCAAGAGGCAGGACUGCACCCAGUCCCUGCUGCCCACCCGGUCCCCACAGCCCCCUGGCACCAGGGGAAGGAUGCAUCAGAGGGGGCUGCAGUGAGGGGCAGGGACAGAGGCAGCGGCUCAAGCCCCCCGGGGAUAGGGAUAGCACCCCCCACCCACCCGGCACGUUCACUGCAGAGCACAGUCCCCUGGGCACACCCGCCACAGAGUGGUCGUGGGCACAAAUCCUACACCGGCGAGGGACCUGCAGGUCCCCAGGAGAUGCUGGCGGAGAGAGGAGCGUCCAAUCCUGUUCAGGCACAGGAAGGGCCAGAGCCUGGCUCUGGGGGCACAAUCGCACCCUGCCUGUGCCAGUGGGCAGCCCUGGUGCCCACGGGGAGCUUUGGUGUGUACUGCACUGUACAUAGACAAGCUAAAACCAUUAAAGCUGCUGAACCCCU